UUUUAAAUAUUUAUGGGACUCUAAUGAUGAAAACCUUCCGACGAAGUUCGUCGUCUACUUUUUGUCGAAAACUAGUUACUUUGGACAGAUAUUAAUAAACCACAGAGAAUUUAUCAAUGAAUCAAUGUAAUUAGAAACCUUUAAUCAGUAAUAACUUUUACGAAGGUUUCACUUUAACUAUUUCUCUAUACACUAAUGAAUUACUUUAAAUUGAAUUUUUUUUUUGACCGAUGUACCGCCAAGUGGUAUAACUGUCCCAAAAAAAUGAAACUGUUGAUAAUUUUGAUGCUGAUGAGAGGGAAAAUAGUGUCGACUAUCACCGCUGGUAAAAUUUAUAUCAUGUCAGUUGAAAACUUCAGCACCGUAAGUGUUAGAAUUUAAUUUUUGUUAUUUAAAUUAUUAACUUUCAAAAAAAUAUUUACUACAGGUAAUGAAGACUCUGAUGUCAUAUUUUACUGUUCUUACAUCUGUACAGUAAUUAAUUAUGAAUUAUUAGUCGUUGAAAUUAUCGAUAUUAUUUUUAUGGUAACACAGUAAAAUGUCAUUUCAAUCCAGCGCAAAAAUAAUAGAAAAUUAAUUAGCUUUUAAUAGCCAGUUAAAAAAAAUAUACAAUUGAAUUACUUAAUCUAUCACUUGAAUGAAAAAGAAAAAAUCGGGGUGAAUUGAAUCUUUAAAUUUGAAUUGUCGCAAAAAUAUAAACUCUACUUACAGAUAAUUAUGAAAUACAUAAAAAAUUGAUUGUAUUUUGCCAAAAAUAUUUAACAGUCACGUUAAAAAGUUUUUGAUAGCAAUUGACAUCUUAUAGCCAGACAACUUGCUGCUAAGAAAGUCGAAAUAAGAAUGGGCUGUCCUCAGCAGCGUUGGGUAGAAACGAUAUCGAUUACAUUUAUUCUGUAUGAUGUACAUGCACGAUUUACCUGCUACUUCAAAAUUCACCUGCUGACAAAAGAUAAUAAAAUAUGCUCUUUCCUAAAACACUGGACUGAUGUCGGUACAAAAGACUCAGGAAAUCUUUAAAUCUUUUAGUCUCUUUAAAGUCUUCUUACUGCAAAGUAUUAUCAAAAAGAGCUUCAUUGUUUCUUUUUACAAAAAUGGACGUCUUUGACUGCAUGCAGUGGAGAACAACAAAGAAACUGAUGUCUUUACUAGGUGCCUGGCCUUUCCAACCGGUCAUUCAGCAAAAAACACUCGGAGCUUUAUUUUAUUUCAUCAUACAAAGUAUUUACGUAGUUGAGAUUUUGAAAUUAAGGGCAGUGUGGGGUAAUUUAACUGAGACACUCGACUGCUUACCGAUAUUUGUAUAUCAUACGAUGGUGCAAGUUAAAAUGUCAAAUUUUCUCUUGAAUUUGAAAAAAUGGGUGUUCAAUUUACAGGCUAAAAUUUUAUUGUCGAAAGUUAAAAGCGAUUGGGAAUCGAAUUUAGAUGAUUCUGAAAUGAACGUACUACGCAAUGAUGAACGUACUCAUAAAAUAAUGAUGGAUAUCUACUCGAGUGGGUUAUCUUCUGUAGCCAUAGUUUAUGCCGUGGUACCGUUAGUUCCAAUAUUUCUUGACAUUGUGAUUCCAUUAAAUGAAACAAGACCUAAAAAUCUGCCAUAUCCUACCGAGUACUUUGUGGACAUUGAGGAUAACUUCUAUGCACUUUACACACAUGGAUUAAUAGUGACUCCAAUAGCGUUUUUUUAUUUUCUCACCUUUGAUGUUUUCUACGCAGGCUUAAUUCAGCAUGCAUGCAGCAUGUUUACUAUCAUUGGAAGACGCCUAAAAAAUUUGACAGUCGACGAAAAUAUUAUCAGUAUAAAAAAAAAUUCAAUAAAUGAAAAAAAUGGUAUCAAGUCAUUGGUAAUUUGCAUAAAAAUGCACAAGGAAAUUUUGUGGUUUGCGCAGCUUUUAGAAGAAAAUUUUAGCAAUUACUGUUUUUUAUUACUUGGCACUAUCGUACUGGGUUUAACUACUGUCGGUUUUCAAUUUGUAGUUUUGGCGACGGAAGCUAGUGAAAAAAUACGUUGCAUUUGGUAUGCAACCGCUCAAAUCAUUCAUUUAUUCUUUUUGAGUUACUUCGGACAGAAAUUAAUAAACCACAGCGAAUUUAUCUAUGAAUCAAUAUGUACAUCCAAGUGGUAUAACUAUCCGAAAAAAAUGAAACUGUUGAUAAUUUUGAUGCUGAUGAGAGGGAAAAUAGUGUCGACUAUCACCGCUGGUAAAAUUUAUAUCAUGUCAGUUGAAAACUUCAGCACCGUAAUGAAGACUUCGAUGUCAUAUUUUACUGUUCUUACUUCUGUACAACUCAGGAAAUCUUUAAAUCUUUUAGUCUCUUUAAAGUCUCGUUACUGCAGAAUAUUAUCAAAAAGACGUUUCAUUGUUUUCUUUAUUAAAAUGGAGGUCUUUGACUGCAUGCAGUGGAGAACAACAAAGAAACUUAUGUCCGCACUAGGUGCCUGGCCUUUCCAACCGGUCAUUCAACAAAAAAUACUCGGAGCUUUAUUUUAUUUUAUCAUACAGAGUAUUUACGUGCUUGAGAUUUUAAAAUUAAUGGUAGUGUGGGGUAAUUUAACUGAGAUACUCGACUGCUUACCGAUAUUUGUAUAUCAUACGAUGGUGCAAGUUAAAAUGUCAAAUUUCCUCUUGAAUUUGAAAAAAUGGGUGUUCAAUUUACAGGCUAAAAUUUUAUUGUCGAAAGUAAAAAGCGAUUGGGAAUCGAAUUUAGAUGAUUCUGAAAUGAACGUGCUACGAAAUAAUGAACGUUUUCAUAAAAUAAUGAUGGAUAUUUACUCUAGUGGGCUAUCUUCUAUAGCUGUAAGUUAUGCCGUGGUACCGCUAGUUCCAAUAUUUCUCGACAUUGUAAAUCCAUUGAAUGAAACAAGACCUAAAGUUCUGCCAUUUCCUACUGAGUACUUUGUGGACAUUGAAAAAAAUUUUUAUGCACUUUACACACAUGCAUUAAUAGUGACUCCAAUAACUUUUAUUUAUUUUCUCGCCUUUGAUUCCCUUUACGCAGGCUUAGUUCAGCACGCAUGCAGUAUGUUUACUAUCAUUGGAAGACGACUAGAACAAUUGACAGUCGACGAAAAUAUCAGUAUAGAAAAAAAUUCAAUGAAUGAAGAAAAUGGUCUCAAGUCAUUGGUAAUUUGCAUAAAAAUGCACAAAGAAAUUUUAUGGUUUGCAGAACUUUUGGAAGAGAAUUUUAGCAAUCACUUUUUUUUAUUACUUGGCACUAUCGUACUGGGUUUAACUUUUAUCGGUUUUCAAUUUGUAGUUUUGGCGACAGAAGCUGGCGAAAAAAUACGUUGCGUUUGGUGUGGAACCGGUCAAAUUAUUCAUUUAUUCUUUUUGAGUUACUUUGGACAGAAAUUAAUAAACCACAGCGAAUUUAUCUAUAAAUCAAUAUGUACCGCCAAGUGGUAUAACUAUUCCAAAAAAAUGAAACUGUUGAUUAUUAUGAUGCUGAUGAGAGGGAAAGAAGUGUCGACUAUCACCGCUGGUAAAAUUUAUAUCAUGUCAGUUGAAAACUUCAGCACCGUAAUGAAGACUUCGAUGUCAUAUUUUACUGUUCUUACAUCUGUACAGUAA